CGUAGGCUGUGAAGACGGAGGUGCAACCAUGUUCAGAUUGCUCCUCUCCACUCUCCUGCUGUUCCUGCACGUGGAUGCCAUCCCAUCAAGAACCCCUCUGAGACCUUGCCGACGCUGCUGUGAUCAUCUGGAACCACAAGAGGGCUCCACAAUGCGCGCUGUGCCCCCAUACCAGAUGCCUGAAGUACGAACCUACAUCAAUAUGACAAUCCUCAAAGGAGACAAAGGAGACAGAGGGGAGAAGGGCACACCAGGAAAAGCAGGACAAGAAGGUCCACCAGGGCCCCUUGGACCCAUAGGUCCUAAAGGCAGCAAAGGCCAGGCAGGUGUUCCUGGAGAUGCCUGCAAGACCCAACAUUCAGCUUUCUCGGUGGGCCGGCGAAAGGCCUUGCACAGCACAGACUACUACCAGGUGCUUGUCUUUGACACAGUCUUUGUCAACCUGGACGAACAUUUCAACAUGUUCAAGGGCAAGUUCUACUGUUAUGUGCCAGGGAUAUACUUCUUCAACCUCAACAUCCACACGUGGAACUUCAAGGAGACCUACCUGCACCUGAUGCAGAAUGAUCAGGCCAAGGUGGUCAUGUACGCACAGCCCAGCGACCGCAGCAUCAUGCAGAGCCAAAGUGUGAUGCUGGAGCUGGAGCAGAAUGACGAGGUGUGGGUUCGCUUGUACAAGCGCGAGAGGGAGAAUGCCAUCUACAGUGACGAUGUGGAUGUUUACAUCACCUUCAAUGGCUACCUUGUCAAGCCUAGUGUGGAGUAA